UUUGUCGGUGUUAAUGCAUCUGACAUCAACUAUUCAGCUGGCCGGUAUGACCCUUCGGUGAAGACCCCCUUCGAUGUAGGUUUCGAGGGCGUGGGGGAGGUGGUAGCCUUAGGCCUCUCUGCCAGUGCCCGGUACACGGUGGGCCAAGCUGUGGCUUAUAUGGCACCUGGCUCUUUCGCGGAGUAUACCGUGGUGCCUGCCAGAGCUGCGGCCCCCGUGGCCUCUGUGAAACCCGAGUAUGUCACCGUGCCGGUGAGCGGUACCACCGCGUACAUCAGCCUGAAAGAGCUCGGAGGACUGUCCGAAGGGAAAAAAGUUUUGGUGACGGCAGCAGCGGGGGGAACGGGCCAGUUCGCCGUGCAGCUUGCCAAGAAGGCCAAGUGCCAUGUCAUUGGGACCUGCUCUUCUGAUAAAAAGUCUGCUUUUCUGAAAUCGAUCGGCUGUGAUCGCCCCAUCAACUAUAACGCCGAGCACGUCGGUACGGUCCUGAAGCAGGAGUACCCCGAAGGGGUCGAUGUGGUGUAUGAAUCCGUCGGGGGAGCCAUGUUCGACUUGGCCGUAGAUGCCUUGGCUACCAAAGGGCGCUUGAUAGUCAUUGGGUUCAUCUCCGGCUACCAGACUCCCACCGGCCUUGCGCCUGUGAGAGCAGGAACCUUACCGGCCAAACUGCUGAAGAAAUCCGCCAGCGUUCAGGGCUUUUUCUUGAACCAUUACCGUUCUGAGUAUCAAGCAGCCGUGGAGCACUUGCUUCAGAUGUGUGUGGACGGAGACCUGGUUUGCGAGGUGGACCUCGGAGACCUGUCUGCAGAGGGCAGGUUCAUCGGCCUGGAGUCCGUAUUCCGGGCUGUCGAUUAUAUGUACAUGGGAAAAAACACUGGGAAAAUUGUACUCGAACUACCUCACUCUGUCAACAGUAAGCUGUAA